UUUUUUUCACUCGACCAUUGCAAGACCUGAAACUGAAAGUGCAAUUUCUCUCAGUUGCCUGAAAGCUCACUUAUGGCGAAUCUUGUAUAUUGAAUCUCAGAUUGUGGAUCAUUUAUCAACAAGGCUUCAAAAUGAGUGCAGGUGGUGCCUUUGGUGGAAAUAGGGGACUGAGACCAGUACCUCCAGAGAAAGGAGUUUUCCCUUUGGAUCAUAUGCAUUUGUGUGACUUGGAAAAGAAAGAAUAUCUUAGCUGCCUUAAAUCUCUAGGCCAUCAUUCUGAUAAAUGCAGAAGCUUCUCAAAAAAGUACCUCGAAUGUCGAAUGGAGAAGAAUUUGAUGGCAAAACAGGACAUGUCUGAACUUGGAUUUGGAAAGGAUGGUGACACAGAAGGGUCUAAAGAGAAAGCCACUGAGAGAAUUGAUGGCCAGAGCUAACAAUUUUUCUGGAAAAUGACCAUAGAAAUUAUUUUUACCCCCUUAAUUCUUGAGUCUUCAUUCCAAAUGUAUCUUUAAUAUAAAUGAUACCUUCUGUGUUAUGGGUUGUCUUGUAAAGAUUACAAAAUAUAAUUUUUAUCACAUGUCUUAUAAUUUUAGGCAUAAUUAGAGUAAGAAAA